AUGAAUUCCCAAUUCUACACGACCACAAUUAAGAAGGCUACAGCUGUCAGUUUCAGCGAAUCGGGAUUUUUCAUCACACCAACACAACUCAAUCUAAUUGUUGCAAAAUAUAAUUGUUUAGAAAUAUACUUAAUUAAUGAACAUGGUCUCUCAUUACUAUCAGAAACGGAAUUAUAUGGACAAAUUGAAAUAAUGAAAGUUUUUAGACCUAAAAACAAGUUUACAGAUCUUGUAUUUAUAGUCACUGCUCAAUAUAAUGCAAUGAUUUUGGAAUUUACUCAGACAUCUGAUAAAAUUGAAAUAAUAACAAAAGGUUAUUGUAAUGUAUUUGAUAAUCUUGAGGUUGCAACAGGUUUUAUGGCCACAGUUGAUCCUGAUGCCACAAUAGUCAUGCUAAAAUUAUUUGAAAGAAUAUUUAAAAUCAUACCAUUAGACAAUGAGGAUGAGCUUAAACUUAAAGUAUAUUCUUAUAUGUAA